AUGUCGGCGCGCGACAUGGCCGGUCAGGAAAGCCUCGUCAAAGAGGUCGCUGCGCUUCAAGAGGAGCUCGCAGCCCUCUCCGAGCUGUUGUUCUGCAGUGGCAUUCUUUGCGAAGGCCGCUUUCGGGCGCAGCUGCAUCGACGGCGCUUCCGCCGGGUGCUGGCGCGCUUUCCGUUGGAGGCCGAGGGAGAUUUGGUGAACUUGCAGAUCGCCAUGAACUCUCGGGACAUCGCAGCCUCCGUCUUCGCCUUUGUGGGCUUUCCGGUCUCGGGCUUCCGCGCGGGAUCCAAGGCGCUGAGCAAGAGCGCCACGCCAGCAGAGCUCAAGGCUUCCUCCGUCGGCCGCCUGUUUGUGGUCGGCGGGGAGAGCAAUGGGCAGUAUUUGGCGUCGGCGGAAGUCUUCAAUCCUGACUUGGACCGGUGGGAGGACGUGCCUCCCAUGCCGUCUCCCCGGAGUUUCGGUGCCGCAGCGAGCCUUCGAGGCAAGCUCUACAUUUGCGGCGGCUCCGAUGGGCUGCAGGUGACGCAAAGGGUCGUUGCCUAUGCGCCGUCGUCGGAGGAGUGGACAGAGAUGCCAGCAAUGGUCCAUCGCCGCGAGGGCUGCGGUGCAGCCAGCUGCAACGGCCUGCUCGUGGUGGCAGGAGGGGGUGAUGGAGUCGACCUCCACAUCUCCUCCGAGUGCUUGAACCCCGAAUCCGGCGGCUGUUGGAUGCUCCUGCCCAACAUGGAGGAGGCCAGAAUUGGAUGCGCAGCCGUGUCCUUGAAUGGUCAGGUCUACGUUUGUGGUGGAUGUGGCCGCCGUGGAUCCCUCGCAAUUGUGGAUCGCUACAACUCAGCUGAGGGCCAGUGGGAGGCCGUGCGCCCAAUGCGGGAUGCUCGUGAGCGAUUCGCCGCAGCCGUGGUACAUGGAUUCAUCUAUGUCUGUGGGGGAUGGCUCUACGGAGAUCCCAGUGCGCGGGUCCUGAGGUCAGUUGAGCGUUUCGAUCCCCAUCUCGGCCACUGGGAGGACUUAGCGCCGAUGCCUCAGCGGCGGCACGGUGUCGCUGCUGCAGCCCUCGAGGGGCAGCUCUGGGUUUGCGGAGGUAGCUAUGGCCGGCAGGAUGUCCGCACCGUCGAAGUCUACGACGUGGACACGUUUGCUUGGGUUCAGAUGCCUUCGAUGCACAUGCCCAGGAACUGCGCGUCGAUGGCCUUCGUCCGAUUCUGA